UCGAUGCGAGAAAAUGCAUCGGUGGCUCUGAGAGGUUGUUAAAUUCCACGAUAAAUAGUGCGCUAUUUAAACAAAAAAACAACUUUUACUGCAAUGGUAGUGGUUUAACAGCAUGGAGGUAAUCGAGACAAUUGUGAUACAGAGUACUGAAGUGGAAGGAAAGGAAACGGUCGUGUCCAGUGUGGACACCGAUAAAACCAAAGCAGAAUUUAUAUGGACACUGCAGGCGACAUGGCACCUCGUCAACACUCGGCUUGAGAUGGAUCAGGCCUUUGACCAACCAGUGUGCAAGAAAAAGAAACUCUGGGAGAUGGUGGCAGAGAAAGUGAACGCCAAGCUGAGGGAAUCGGAGGUCACCGAUGUCACCGUGAAGGCAUACGAGUGUGACCUCAAGUGGAGAAACAUGCUGGCCACAUACAGGAAAAAUAGUGAGAGGGCCAAGAGGCUCGGCGUGGCCAGCGUCCACUGGGAGUUCUUCAAGGCCAUGCACGAGGUCCUGGGUAAGAGCAGGGAGGAGAUCGAAGCCCAGCGAAGGGCCAAGCUCAGUGGGACGAGGGUGGGAAAGGCCAUAGCCAGCAAGAGGUUUACCCCGAUCCUCCCUACACCUCCUGCAACAGCUGCUCCCUGCUCUGCCCGGCCUCCGCAGGAUGUCCUGCAGCUGUACAUGGAGCUGCAAGAGAGGAAGAUGAACAUGUGGGCCCAGCAGAAAGCCCUGGAGGAGAGGAAGAUAGAGGCCAUUAACAACCUGGCUCAGGCAAUCUCCAGCCUGGCUCAGAAAAACAGCACACUGACGUCAAAAGAUGGACAUUAGGCCUGAGGAGACAGGAAGUCGAUCUGAACUUCCAUGUGUUGUUUGCUCUUACCAAAAACUUUUAUGAUGCUGCACGAGGAAAACUGUUGAAGUUGGAGUUUUUUAUAUACGUUUUUUAGAUUGGUCAUUUUGGCACAUUUUUACUGUUAAAAAAAAAGGAGACACAGACAGGUGAAUUAUGGUUGGCUGUUGUUGGAGAGUAAAACCAACCAAACCAAACAAAAUUACUCAUAAAUAAGAUUAAUACAGGCAUCCUACCACCACUGCACCUAUCAUGAUAUCAAAUGCCAACAGCCUAUGCAACUGUGUUACAUGGGCCCUAAAUAUGAGACAAUGAUAAACAGGCUAACAUGAUUAUGAUCAUUUGUGAGGAGAAGUCAUAGUUAGACUUAAACUUGACAUUUUCAGUGAAAACAGUACAUAUAUGUAUACUGAUAAAUACUAUUCUUAAGGAGUAUCUACCAGUAUUCAGAGACACAACAAAUGCUUUUACUGUUAAGGUGGUGUCGGGCAGUUUGAACAACUUAACCAAAUAAUAUGUUCCAAUAAACAUUUCUGCAAUAAAUACUACCUUUGUUCACCCCUAUUUGCAUUUUUGGCAGUGAACAGAUUAGAAAUUUCGCUUUUGACUGUUUUAUUGUGAAAGUUUUACCGGAUAUAUUCAUAUGGUAUUACGUGUACCUUGGAGUCAUGAAGCUUACUGCCCUCCAGUGAUCACAGCGAGGCACUGCGUUUUUUUUACACCGAAGAGUUUUAAUACAAUCAAGAUGAAUAUCUAUAAACAACACAUUAUUAGUGUGGUAAUUACAGAUAACAGUCAUUAACUGUA